UCCCGGCGUGCCGCGCGCGCGCUCGGCGCUGACGUCACCGCAGCCCGGCGCCCGCCGCCAUUGGAGGUGGAGGCUCCGGCUCCGGCGCUCGCUGCGGCCCGACGGCGGCGGCAGCAGGCCCGGGCGGCGCGGCGCGGCGCGGGCCGGGGGCAUGUGAGGAGACGGGGCCGGCAGGGCGAGGCGAGGCGCGGCACCGGCCUUCCGCGCCCCCCCGAGGAGACGCUGAGCGGCGGUGCGCGCGCCCCAGCGGCCCCCUUCCCUCCCCGCGGCCCCGGCGCCGUCGCCUCCCCGGCCGCCGCCUGAGGGGAGAGGCGCCGCCGCCCCUGCGCCGCGCCCCGCCGGGCGGCCCUGCCUUUGCCCGGGCCCUCUCUGCUGAACCACGGCGGCCCUGUACAUGAAUUAUGUCUGCCACAAGCGUUGACCCUCAGAGACCGAAAGGGCAGGAUAAUAAAGUACAAAAUGGUUCAUUACACCAGAAGGAUACAGUUCACGACAACGAUUUUGAACCUUACCUUUCUGGGCAGUCAAAUCAGAACAAUAGUUAUCCAUCAAUGACUGAUCCCUAUCUGUCCAGUUAUUAUCCGCCAUCUAUUGGGUUCCCCUAUUCUCUCAGUGAAGCACCGUGGUCUACAGGAGGAGAUCCUCCUAUCCCAUAUCUCACCACCUAUGGACAGCUCAGUAAUGGAGAUCACCAUUUUAUGCAUGAUGCUGUUUUUGGACAGCCUGGGGGUCUUGGAAAUAAUAUCUAUCAACACCGGUUUAAUUUUUUCCCUGAAAAUCCUGCCUUCUCAGCUUGGGGAACAAGUGGAUCCCAAGGACAGCAAACUCAAAGUUCAGCAUAUGGGAGCAGUUACAGCUAUCCACCUAGUUCACUGGGCGGUACCAUUGUGGAUGGACAAACAGGAUUUCAUAAUGACACAUUAAAUAAAGCUCCUGGAAUGAACAGUAUUGAACAGGGAAUGGUUGGACUUAAGAUUGGUGGAGAUGUUACAACUUCUGCUGUGAAAACAGUAGGUUCUGUUGUCAACAGUGCAGGGAUGACAGGUGCCCUCUCUGGUAAUGGUGGAUCUAGUGUAAACUUGCCAGUAUCUAAACCAACCUCUUGGGCUGCUAUAGCUAGCAAGCCUGCAAAACCACAGCCUAAAAUGAAAACGAAAACUGGACCUGUAAUUGGAGGAGCGCUGCCUCCACCACCUAUAAAACACAAUAUGGACAUAGGUACUUGGGACAAUAAGGGUCCCGUGGCAAAAGUUCCUGCCCCCCAACAGAUACCUUCUCCUCAGUCUGUUCCGCAGCCACAGCAACAAAUUGUUCAGCCUGUUCCAGCUCAGCCUCCUCCAUUGACCCAACCACAGUAUCAGAGCCCUCAGCAGCCACCCCAGAAUCGCUGGGUAGCUCCUCGCAACAGAAAUGCAGCUUUUGGCCAAAGUGGAGGAACUGGUAACGAUAGCAACUCAGCUGGCAGUACCCAGCCUAACCCUGUUCCAAGCGGCGAAUCCCAUCCUGUUCUUGAAAAACUGAAAGCUGCUCACAGCUAUAACCCUAAAGAUUUUGAGUGGAACCUUAAAAAUGGACGUGUGUUCAUAAUAAAAAGCUAUUCUGAGGAUGAUAUUCAUCGUUCCAUUAAGUAUUCUAUUUGGUGUAGUACGGAACAUGGCAACAAACGCCUGGACAGUGCUUUUCGUUCCAUGAAUAGUAAGGGUCCGGUCUACUUGCUAUUCAGUGUCAAUGGCAGUGGACAUUUCUGUGGAGUAGCAGAGAUGAAAUCGCCUGUGGACUAUGGCACAAGUGCAGGUGUCUGGUCUCAGGACAAGUGGAAGGGGAAAUUCGAUGUCAAGUGGAUCUUUGUGAAGGAUGUGCCCAACAACCAGCUCCGACACAUCAGGCUGGAGAACAAUGACAACAAACCAGUUACAAACUCCCGUGAUACACAGGAGGUGCCCUUAGAAAAAGCAAAACAAGUGCUUAAAAUUAUUGCUACUUACAAGCACACGACCUCCAUCUUUGAUGACUUUUCUCAUUAUGAAAAGCGCCAAGAAGAGGAGGAGGUGGUGCGGAAGGUAAACUUAUUAAAAAAUUUAUUUUAUACACAGAUAUGGGGAAAAUGAGAUGUGAAGGCUGCUAUGGUGGAAAAAUGUAAGUAGGAAUUCAAAAUGUUUUCAGUGCAUCUCAGCUUGUUGGUUUUGUGUGUUUAACAACACAACAACUCUACGCUUAUUUGUCUGUGACGUAAUUUCGUAGGUUAAUGAGUUUCAAAGCAAAAAGUUAAGCAGUGAUACAGGUAAAGGAAUGUUAUGUCCAGGUUUUUUGGACUUUGUUUUAUUUUAAAAUGGUUAAUAGUAGAAACUGGUUUCUGUUUCAGUAUUGGAUUCUGACAGUGAUUGCCACUUAACAAGCUUUUUGCCUCAUGAAUGCGAGGUGUUUAACACUGACCAGAACUGGGCUAUCAAAAUCGAUGCCCUUGUUGGCAUCUGAAAUUUGUACAUAAGCUUUAAGAGCAAUCAGACUGCAGCCUCACCUUUUCUGUUCAGUUCGUCUCUCUGGAAAAGAAAGAGUUGCGUAAAAUUGCUGAAGUAAUGCUAGAAAGCUUGUGUUUCUUCUGCUGAAGUUUCGUGUAUUAUUAUUUGGGUCAAUAAAGGCUUUCAGUUCCCAGGUAUAAUCUGUCUACUAGUUCUUGAAGUUUUGAGUGAGGAUGUAGUGAGAGAAAUUUGGGCAGUAACUGGGGAAGUGUAAUAAAAACAUUUACAUGUGCUUUUGUGACCCUCAGUCUGCCCCAAGAAUCAUCUGUCCCCUACCCGUCCCACAACCCCAGUUUCGAGAAUGCCUUUCUCUAGGCCAUCCGAAAGUAAUGGACUGACAGAAUAGUAGGUGUUGGGAUGUAUGGCUACUAGCGAAGUAGCACGUAGAGUUGCUUAAUACUGAUAGUAUUUCAUACACUUUUUUUUGUAUAGCAUUUCAAAUAGAGCAUUUAUUUGACAGGCUGCUUUAGUGCAGUUCACGUUUGCUUCAAAAUGUUUUUGAAGCAGAGGCUUAAGGCAUGUUCCUGGAGUUGAAAUUGAAGUUGCCAUUUUAAAGGCUUUACUACCAUUUAAAAGUGCAGAUAAGAGUGCUUUAAAGUGUCUUCCUAGAAUGUACCCUUAAAUUAUGAGAAAAAGAGAUAUGUCUUAAGAACUUUAACUCAGGUUCUUUUAGGCAUCUGGUGUGAUAUACCUAGCACACCUCAGUACAGUAGAGGAAAUGAGAGUUUAAGAUUUGAAGUUUAUCUUGUGUGCUUUCUGCGGGGUUCUACAAGCUAAAGCUUAAAUGCCUUUACCUCAAUACUUUGUUCCUUCAGCAGACAAUUACCAAUUUUUAUAUUUAAUGCAACCUCUUCCUCGAGAAGAGCAGUUUCUUUAUGCGUGAGGGAAUCCUGAAUGGGAGUCAAAAAGCCGGGGUUCCUUCGUCAAGUGUUUACAGUGUGUCAGGGGUUGGCUUUGUUUUUAACACUUAGUCUCUCUGUGACUUGCUGCCAAGUCUGGAGGGAAGAAUAAUGUGUGUGUUUGAGGGGUGGGGCUACUGGGAAAGCUUCAACAGUUGGAGCUUUUUUACAUCAAGUAGUGAAAGUGGUAUGAGAUCUCCUCUUCUGGAAGAGUUAACUUACUGGCCUAAGGAAGUUCAGCAGGCUGCAUGCUGAAAGCUGAAGUGGUUUUGUAGUUACUGUGCUGAUCUCAGCUACUGGGCUGGCCCCACUUUGGGUUAUUUUAAUGUACACUAUCUUUCCCACCUUCUGUUCAAGUGGAUAUGCAGUAUUUUUAACCAGGUCACUGCUUUUUAACAAGAGCAGUUUUUCCAAAAAUGCGUGUUUUCUUCUGCCACAUUUAAAGCCAAGGAUCUAGCUUGUGUGAUGCAUCCAGAAAUAAACUCUUAAGUCUAAUUUCACAUUUCUUAGAUUCACCUGAACAACUUAGAAAAUAGGACAGUAUAUAGACAAUCAGAGUAGACUGGGGAAGAUAGUAGCGCUAGAGAGAUAAAGUAAAUCAAUAAUGAUGGAGUAAAAAAUAACAGAUACUGCUCAUUGUAUUGCAGUCUAUAAAACUGUUAUCUAGCAAGUUAAUUAGUUUUUCCCCCUUCUUUGAAUAAACAAAUUUUAAAAGUCCAGUUUACUGCUAGAAGAGUUUCUUGCAGGAUAUACACACAACUAAAUUCUAAUUGUUGAGAAGUUCCUGCUAUUGAAGUUGAAUCAUCCUUGGCAUUCCAAAAUUAAGUUUCUUUUAGCAAUAAUUUCUGAAGGAUCUGAGUGCUAGUUAAGGUAACUCUCUCACAGCCAAAAUGGCUUCUCUGUUGUUUAUAUAUGUACCAUCUUAAUUGGUUUUCAAAUUGCCAUAUACUUUCACUCUUCAUACUUCAUUUAUCAUUAAUAUUAGUUGUUAAAAAUCUGUGCUUCCAUUUCAUCCCUGUCAUCAUUACAAAGGGCUGGAAUCCUUAAAAAUCUGCACAUGGAAUGCUCGAACAUUAUUUCAUUUACACAGUAAAUGUUCAGUAGGAAAAAAUGUUUUCAUGUAAUCUAUGCAAUGCGAGCCAUUAAUAUUUAAAUUCCUUUUUAUAUAGUUUCAGUUUGUUGCUAUCCAAUGUUUCCUUAACACAUGCAGAGUAUGGUUCAGUGUGUGUUCUGUGAGUUUAACUGAGCUAGGAACCUCUGCGUUAACGCUAAAUUGUCAAAUGACAAUUGUCAAAUGACAAUUGUCAAAUUAGCUAGCUGUAAUGUAAUGUUGGAUGAAGUUACUGAAGUGCCGAAGGUUCAUAAGCAUUACCAACAUUAAGGACUGUAUCAUCAUGUAGAAUUGGGGGAAGAUUUGUUCAUGGCUGGAUGUAAGUCCAGCUUUUGAUUUGCCAUAGUAAUAAACUAUCUUAGCCCAUUUUAGUGGCCCAGAACCUGGUAAAGGAGUAAUAGAAGGAUACUGAUGUAUGGAAUGAAAUAACCACAGAAUGAGGGGCAUGAAAUCUCUCCUGAACCCCACAUUCUCUUCUCAGUAAAUUCAGUGCCCACAGCCAGUACAAUCUGACUUUAUGUUGAGGAAUUAAUUUACGUGAUCAAAGUUCAUGCUCUUAAAGCAACAAAUAGUUGCAAAGUUUGUGAGAAAGCGUAUUUAAAAAGAAAAUGUGGUAUAAUGUAGUAUUAGUUAUUUACAUUCCCUAGAAACGAGCUUGCAUACUCUUUACAAAAUUGUCCUCCAAAACCAAAAAAGCUUAGUAAAGAAAAUAAACUUGUUGCAGAUUUUAGGGGUUUUUUAUUUGCAUAUCAUGUGGCAUUUGGUGUGACAGAAGGGUUUGACCUGCUGUAAAAAGUCAGCAGUUCAUCUUCACAAAUCUGUUUUUAACUAGAUGGUUGUAAUUAUUGAACCAGGACUGCUGUACUACCACCUCUGUGUAUGGUCUGCGUCAAGGCACUUGGCUAUUCCAAUGUGUAGACCUUGGUGUUAUGUUGAAAGAGCUGUGUGGUCCAUCUCAGCUCUUGAAUCCCCAAAUUUGUCAUUUCUUCUUUUGGGUGAUACUUUUAUUAAAUACAGUAAAGUGUUAGCUAGUACAUGUUAGCAGUUUGGAACACUCAUUUUCUUCUGGCGUGUGUAGAUAUUCCCUGCAGCGUGCUUUUUCUGAGCAUGUGCGUUGGUGCAGAACUUCUAAGGAUGGAAUACUGUCCUUCCUCCAAAACUAAAAAUUAAAUUCAUUGCUAUUUUAAAUUCAUUGCUUUUCAUUGCUAUUUAAGAUUGAUACUAAUUAUGUUUCCUGAUUUAAAGAUAGCAUUUAUAUUUUUGUGUCAGCGAAGACGAAUACUGUCAUCCUGCUGAUCUUGACAGACAAGGC